UCUAUUUGAGGGUUAGGAGAAAUUCUAUUGUAUCGGAAACUGCAGAAAGUAAAGCCACGUCCUUUACAUUAAAAUUUAAAGAUCAUUUUUCUUAUAACUAUACGCUGGUACAUUAAAUAACUCUUAAAUUGUAAGAAGAUGCAAGAAUAUAAUAAUCAUACAGCUGAAGCAUGGUUAAAUAAAAGUGAAACAAUCAAAUCGAACGAUUCAGCUCAUAUAUUUGGAGCUCGACCCAUAGUAGAUCCAUCUGCAGAAGGAAAUGUUGAUCCUAACCUGUAUCCACAACCCAAAGAAGCUACUCAUAAAAUUCGUGGAAAAAAUGAUUUUUUAGAAUACCUCUUUGGAACAGUUGAUCAAGAACUUCUUAUUGUCAAGACUUUCUACUUUUUUUUUUAUUCUGCAUUUGGUUCUCUGUUUCCAUUAAUGGGCGUAUAUUUUAAGCAAAUGGGUAUGAAUGCUGGUCAAUGUGGAUUAAUUAUAGGUUUAAGGCCAUUUGUUGAAUUUUUCAGUGCUCCUUUUUGGGGUUCUUGGGCUGACAGGUGGCAAAAAGGAAAACAACUUCUUUUGGCAUCAUUAUCUUGUUGGAUAAUAUUUACUUUACCACUUGGAUUUAUUCAACCGCCAGCUACAUCAUGUAUGUUGUAUGAAAAUCAUACUUAUUACUUGUAUAUACCAGAUUCUGAUCAAAAAAUUGUUAAAAGAUCUGUCAGUAUUAGAAAUAAUCAGUAUAAUUCAAGAGUCUUUUCUUAUCAGAAUGCUCACUAUGACACUAACGGUACACUAUUUGAAAGAUCUUUUAAUGGGUACAAUAAGAAAUCUGAUGCUGUCCACUACGAUAUGAGUGAAAAUAACUUGUUGGAGAGAAACACAGCUCUUAACAUAUCAGUCAAUAAUCACGGGAGUUUUUACAAUGAAGCUAAACAUAUUAUCAACAAUUCUACACAAACAAAUAUGUUAUUAGAUGACGCACCAAAAUAUAAUAACUGGCUCAAGAAUAGUUUGAAUGAAGCAGUUGAGAAUAAAAAAAAUUCCUCAACCAUCAAGCUCAAACCUAACACAGUGACACAGUUAUUUUCUAUAAACAAUACGACCAGAGAUAAGUUACUACAGUUACAAUCCUUAAAUGCUUCUAUUUCAAAAAAUAUAUCUGAAGACUAUACAAAAGACAGUAAUAUAAUAACAAGCUCUUUGCCAGGUAGACCAUAUACGGCUAGUACGAGUAAGAGUGAGAAAUUUUUUAAGAAUCGUAUAAUAUUAGAACAUCAAAAAGUAACAGCACCUCAGCUUUAUCUCCCGAGGCAACGACGACAAAUCAGAAAUUUUCAAUAUCCCACUGGGCAAAGUCCAUUAUCAGUGACAUUUGCUGCAAAUUACAAGGGAAACAAACAUAAGGAAUGGGUUAAGCCACAGUUUAGUUCAAUUGUUUAUAAAUUACAGGAUAUUCAGAAGACUUUUUUUCUUCUUCUACUGUUGGUGAUAGUUGGAGAAUUUUUCUCUGCUCCUGCAAUCACUCUUGCAGACUCUGCUGUUAUUACUCUUUUAGGAGAGGAUGCUGAUAGAUACGGUCAUCAACGGAUGUUUGGAAGCUUAGGAUGGGGCUUAGCAAUGUUUUUUGUUGGAAUUGCUUUGGAUCAUAGCACGGCUUUUCCCGAUCAUCCCUGUGGUCCAGAUAUAAAAGAGAGAAACUACACUAUUUGUUUUACUAUAUUCAGUGUUUUGAUGGGAGCUGCUCUCAUAACAGCAACGCAAAUAAAUUUUAAAUAUGAUCCUAUUUCAUUGCAGGAAGAAGAUAAACAAUCAAUCGAACGUACUAAAGAAGAGCAGUUACAAAGUCAACUAUCACAACAAUUAAACUUACCAAGCUUACAAGAGUCAUCGGCAUCUAGCACUAACGUAAGAUUGAAUCCACCAGAAGAAAAGACAAAAAUGUUCGCUCAAACCACUCGAGAAAUACCAGAAUGGAUAACAGUCUUUAAACAAUUUCAAGAUUUAAAAUGUGCAUCAUUUUUGUUUGUUGCCUGGUUCAUGGGUUUUGGAAUUGGUCUCAUUUUUACAUUUUUAUUUUGGCAUCUUCAGGACUACGGUGGGACUCCGACUCUUUUUGGAGUAGCUUCAGUUAUCAAUCAUGUCUCAGAAAUUUUUGCAUAUUUUUUCAGCUUUAAGCUUAUACGUCACAUUGGACAUGUCAAGGUUUUGUGUCUAGGUUUGGGAGGCAAUGUUUUACGAUUUCUGUAUAUAUCAUGGUUGCAAAAUCCUUGGUGGGUAUUGCCAUUUGAAUUCAUUCAAGGCAUCACUCAUGCUGCAGUUUGGGCAGCUUGUUGCAGCUACAUUGCCCACAACACUCCAACUCCUUUGCGCUCUAGUGCACAGGGUGUGCUUCAAGGGUUACACCAUGGCUUAGGUCGUGGUUGUGGUGCAGUCAUCGGUGGUAUAUUUGUUGCAGUAUAUGGUACAACUGUAACCUUUCGAGCAUAUGGUGUUUUAUGUUUAGUAGUAUUGGUCGCCUUUAUUUUUAUCAACUUUUAUCGGAAAGAGACGGGUUUUAUAUCAGACCUUCCACAAUCAGAGGAUCCUCAUCAAGUAGCAGAAGUGACCCAUUUGGCACCACAUGGAGUUCCGAGUAAUGCUAUUCCAAGAGCUCUAAGUUCUAAUCGACUUAACGAAAUGACGUAUCAGGACAGCAGUUACGGUACAAUUUAUCAAACUGCUGGUGGUAAUUUAAGUGUACCAGGAGAAACUAAAGACAAAAUAUGAGAACUGAGUCAGUAAUAAUGAGACAACUCUAUCUUACGGUUAGAAGAAGAGAGUAACAUCGUGCUCGAACCAAAUGCUCCAACAACAAUAAGCAUUAUUAUAAUGAUCAAGAACCAAAUCCUACAACAAUGUCAAGUUUUUCGAAUUCUACAAAAUAAAGUGAUUCAUGAUUUUAUUUUUGUUUCUAAUACGUUUUAGAAAUAAAUUAGAUGACUUGAAAUAUGACAUGAAUAAAAAUUAGAUAAAAGAGUUGUUCACGAAAUAAUACAAUACUUAAUAAAUAAGUAAAGAAGCUCCAUGCACAGUUUUGUAUGUUCUGAAUGAAAGUGUUUAGUUCUAAAU